AUGUCCAUCUUCGUUCCCGGUUCGCUGGACACGGAACGUGGCGACAAAAUGCUCACCGGUGGCUUCUCCAAGAGCGAUGCGAUGGAAGCAUGUCGCUCACGGAACGACCGCACAGAUGACGGCGACACUUCCACCGAAACUGGUGCCGGAAUCGGAACGCAUGUCGGUAUCGCCGACGGCGUGCGUAGACGAUCGUUAUGCCACAUGCGUAACGUGCGUACGUCAGCCAGAAGUGACGGCGCGACGGCUAACGUCGCUGGGCCACCAACUCGAGCCAUCAGCCACCAAAGGCGUUCCACGAGACGUGUCGACAGUGACGGUAAUGGAAGAAGAACGUCCUGUUGGCAUACCGCCAACGCAGCCAGCAGAGACGCACAGCCAGCAGGCCAAGCUCGAACGACGACUGCUCGGCGUUCGGUGGCAUCGGUGUAUGAUGAGGAGAAUGUGGAGGACUCGGACAGAGGAACAACGAAAAAGAAAGGUCUCACGAACGCUACCGUAACCCCGCUCACAUCUCUGCGAUUAGCAAGAGAGAAAGAGGGAUGA